AUGUCCCUCUGUCUGCUUCCCCCAUGCCGUUCCCUUCUUUCCCCCAUCCCUUUACCUGCUUCCCCGUGUCCCCUUCCCUGCUUCCCCGUGUCCCCUUCCCUGCUUCCCCGUGUCCCCUUCCCUGCUUCCCCCCAUCCCAUUCCCUUCUUUCCCAUGUCCCUUUCCCUGCUUCCCCCCAUCCCCUUCCCUGCUUUCCCAUGUCCCUUUCCUUGCUUCCCCCCAUCCCCUUCCCUGCUUCCCCCCAUCCCGUUCCCUUCUUCCCACCAUCCAUGUACCUGCUUCCCCCCAUCUCCUUCCCUGCUUCCUCCCAUCCCCUUCCCUUCUACCCCCCAUUCCUUUACAUGCUUCCCCCCAUCCCCUUCCCUGCUUCCCAACAUCCCCUUCCCUGCUUCCCCAUGUCCCUUUCCCUGCUUUCCCCCACCCCCUUCCCUUCUUCCCCCCAUCCCUUUACCUGCUUCCCCAUGUCCCCUUCCCUGCUUCCCCGUGUCCCUUUCCCUGCUUCCCCCCACCCCCUUCCCUGCUUCCCGAUUUCCCUUUCCCUGCUUCCCCCCAUCCCCUUCCCUGCUACCCCCCAUCCCCUUCCCUACUUCCCCCCAUCCCCUUCCCUGCUUCCCCAUGUCCCUUUCCCUGCUUCCCCCCAUCCCCUUCCCUGCUUUUCCAUGUCCCUUUCCUUGCUUCCCCCCACCCCCUUCCCUUCUUCCCCCCAUCCCUUUACCUGCUUUCCCAUGUCCCCUUCCCUGCUUCCCCGUGUCCCUUUCCCUGCUUCCCCCCACCCCCUUCCCUGCUUCCCCAUUUCCCUUUCCCUGCUUCCCCCCAUCCCCUUCCUUGCUUCCCCGCAUCCCCUUCCCUGCUUCACCAUGUCCCUUUCCCUGCUUCCCCCCAUCCCCUUCCCUGCUUACCCAUGUCCCUUUCCCCGCUUCCCCCCAUCCCCUUCCCUUCUUCCCCCCAUCCCUUUCCCUGCUUCCCCCCAUCCCCUUCCCUUCUCCCCCCCAUCCCUUUCCCUCCUUCCCCCCAUCCCCUUCCCUGCUUCUCCCCAUCCCUUCCCUUGCUUCCCCCGAUUCCCUUCCGUGCUUCCCCAUGUCCCUUUCCCUGCUUCCCCCCAUCCCCUUCUGUGCUUCCCCCUAUCCCCCCUGCUUGCCCCCAUCCCCUUCCCUGCUUCCCCUCAUCCCCUUCCCUUCUUGCCCCCAUCCCUUUACUUGCUUUCUGGUGUCCCCUUCGCUGCUUCCCCAUGUCCCCUUCCCUGCUUUCCCAUGUCCCCUUCCCUGCUUCCCCGUGUCCCCUUCCCUGCUUCCCCGUGUCCCCUUCCACAGCACUCACACGCACCACUUCUGCGAGGAGGACGAGGAAGAGCAGCCACGCCUAGCGCUGGCGGCUUCCAUGGAGGGGCAUACAGAGGAAGAGGGGGCCGAGGCGGGAAGGUGGGCAAGGUGGGGAGCAAGGUGGGGACAUGGGCCCAUGCAGGGUAGCAGGGACGACGCCUCUCGUGCGGCAGAGGGUCAGGAGCAACAAGGGGCGUGGGUAGGAGGGGCAGCGGACGAGGAGGUUGAGUUACCAAAGGAGCGCGUAGUGCCCAUUCCAGCCUGCCGUCGCAUUGCCAUUCGUUGCCCGGAUGGCACUCGGCUGGAGUGUCGUUUCCGGGCCCAGGCACUCUCUACAUGUGCUGUUCCAAUCCUUCAAAACAGCCUGCUUGCCACCCAUCCCACGCCUCUGCACAGUCCUUCCUGCCAUGCUCAUUCCCUUGCUCUCCCACUCACUCCCUUGUUCUCCCACGCCCCACUCCCGAGUCCCCCAGAUGCUGGGAAGCAGAUCUACGACUGGACCCGUCCCGAGGUGAACCCCUCGGCGCACCCCUCGGCGCACCGCCACGCCGGUCACGGAGCAUCAGCAGCCCAUGGCACACUUCGGCGGGUUAUGCGAGAUAAGGCGCGCAGCUGGCAGAGCUGCAAGGCAGCCUUCUCUCGAGACUGCCUUCAACCUCCCCUGCUGCCCUAG